CCACAUCCCUGCGCACCCUCUUCCCGUCUCAUCGCUCGUCCGUCCGCCUGCGGAAGCGCUGCAUCUUCUGAAUCGGCACUUGUCCGCGGUCCAUCGGAGGCGCUAGCAGCAUGGCGGACAUGAACCUCGACGACGUGCCCUUUGCCGGCGGCAUCGAUGCCGAUGAGCUCGACACGCAGCCGGCGCCCGGCUUCGAUGCGUCCAUCUCGCGAGCACGCGACGCCGAUGCCGCCCUCGUCGCUGCGCUCGAGUCGCGCAAGACUGCGCGCAGCCUCGCCGUGCCGACCGACGACGCAAAGGUCCGGCAACGGCUGCGCCAGCUCGGGCAGCCCAUCACGCUGUUCGGAGAGCGGAGGCCAGACCGGCGAGAGCGGUUGCGCGAGGAGCUCGUCAAGGAGGGCCAGCGCCGGGAGCAGGAGGGCGAGGAGGCUGAGAGUGUCGUCAGCGAGGAGAGCGAGGAGGAAGAGCAAGAAGAGGAGUUCUUCACAGAGGGCACGGACGCGCUGCUUCGCGCCCGCCAGUCCAUCGCUCGGACCUCUCUUGUUGCCGCAAAAGCGAGAGUCGCGCGGCAACGUGUGGAGGCCACAGUGCCGCUGAGUCGGAUCGUCGCCCAGCGCAAGGCGCUGUUCGAGCCAUUGAAGCAAUUCACCAGCCUCGGCUCGCAAAUAGGCGACACGCGGCCGAUCUCCGUCGUGCGCUUCUCGCCAGGCACGUCGACGCCAGAGGGGUCUGGGCGGCUGCUUGCGGCGGGCAGCUGGUCGGGCAGCGUCAAGCUGUGGGAGGUGCCUGCGGCCAAGGAGCGGGCCACGCUGCGGGGCCACACUGAGAAGGUCGGAGGCAUCGCCUGGCAUCCGCAAGCGACAAAAGGACUCGAUGCGUCUGCGGCCAAUCUCGUGACGGGCGCGGGCGACGCCACUGUCCAGCUCUGGUCGCUCACGAGCGACCGGCCACUUGCGACGCUGAAGGGACACGAGGCACGAGUAGCCCGGACAGCAUGGCACCCGAGCGGCGCGUACGUGGCCAGUGCCAGCUUCGACGGCACAUGGCGGCUGUGGGACGUGGAGAAGCAGAACGAGCUGCUGCUGCAGGAGGGCCACUCGAAGGAGGUCUAUGCGAUCGACUUUCAGGACGACGGAGCGCUUGUGGCCAGCGGCGGCCUCGACGCCAUCGGGCGAGUGUGGGAUCUGCGGACUGGGCGCACGGCGAUGGUGCUCGACGGCCACGCGCGCGAGAUCCUCAGCAUCGACUUUGCGCCCAACGGCUUCCAGGUGGCCACGGCCUCGGGCGACGACACGGUGCGCGUGUGGGACAUGCGCGCGCUGCGCUCCAUCUCGACGAUUCCCGCGCACCGCUCGUCUGUCGCCGACGUGCGCUUCUUCCGCGCCGCCGACGAGGGCGCGGCGGCGCGCGGCUCGAUGCCCGACGAGGACAAGGAGGCGAACGGCGACGCCAAGGCGCGCGGCGAGAACGGCGACGCACCUGCCGCCGGCGCCACGCUGCAGCUGCCGCGCAGCGGCAUGUACCUGGCCACCGCCGGCUACGACGGCUUCGUGCGCGUCUGGUCUGCCGACGACUUUGCCUGCCUGCGCUCGCUCUCGGGCGACGCCGGCAAGGUCAUGUCCGUCGACAUCUCGCCCGACGGCAAGUACCUCGCGAGCGGCGAGUGGGGCCGGACAUGGAAGCUGUGGGGCGUGCUGUGACACAACUAUGCUUUCAUUUGCGCGCCGCUCAGACGCCCUUCUCCGUGAUGGCCAUCGUGAAGCUGCGCACGGCGGAGUAGAGGGCCUCCUUGGCCGGCGUCUUCUCCUGCGUGUCGGCGCCGGGCGCGGCCUCGAACACGACCAUGAGCGUGGCCGACAACGUAAUGAACAGCACGUUCGUCUCCGAGUGCAGCGUGGCCAUCUCGAGCGGGUGCUGGGCGCCACGCGGGCCGCUGAGCGUGUACGUCGAGCUGGCCAGCUCGAUCUCGCUGGCGUCGAGCUUCGGCGCAGCGGGCGAAGAGAGACUUGUGAAGAUAUCGAGGAGCUUCUCGAGCUGCUCGGCCUUGAACGCGGUGGCGA